AUGGCCACCAAAGGGCAGGUUGAUCUUCUCUUAAAGCUAGACCAAGCUAAAACUCAGUUCUACCACAUCAAAGCUGUGAUAAUCUCCGGCAUGGGAUUCUUCACUGAUGCUUACGAUCUUUUUUGCAUCUCUUUGGUGACCAAACUACUUGGCCGCAUAUAUUACCAAGUUGAAGGAUCCCCAAAACCAGGUAUUUUGCCUCCUAAUGUAGCUGCUGCCGUUAAUGGAGUAGCACUAUGCGGAACUCUUGCUGGACAACUCUUCUUUGGGUGGCUUGGUGACAAGAUUGGUCGCAAACGUGUCUAUGGCAUCACGCUUAUGCUGAUGAUGAUAUCUUCCAUUGGUUCUGGCCUUUCUUUUGGGAGUUCGCCGAAAACAGUUAUGGCUACUUUGUGUUUCUUCAGGUUUUGGCUUGGUUUUGGGAUCGGAGGAGAUUACCCACUCUCAGCAACCAUAAUGGCUGAAUACUCUAACAAGAAGACUCGUGGGGCUUUUAUUGCGGCUGUUUUUGCUAUGCAAGGAUUUGGAAUCCUUGCUGGUGGUAUCGUUGCUAUGGCUGUUUCUGCAAUUUUUCGUGCUGUAUACAAAGCUCCUGCUUACUCGGUUGAUCCAAUCGGCUCUACUGUGCCACAAGCAGAUUAUGUUUGGAGGAUAAUUCUAAUGCUUGGUGCAUUGCCUGCUGUUUUAACCUAUUAUUGGCGCUUGAAGAUGCCAGAAACUCCUCGUUACACUGCCUUGGUCGCCAAGAAUGCUGAGAAAGCCAGUCAAGAUAUGUCCAAAGUCAUGGGCAUUGAAAUGCAACCUCAAAAGGAGGUAGGAAGGGAGAAGGUGAUUAAUAGAAGCAACUCUUUUGGGUUAUUAUCCAUGGAAUUUCUUCGCCGUCAUGGAUUGCACUUGUUGGGGACAGCAAGCACUUGGUUCUUACUUGACAUUGCAUACUAUAGCCAGAACCUGUUCCAAAAGGAUAUUUUCAGUGCUGUUGGCUGGCUUCCAAAGGCCCACACAAUGAGUGCACUGGAAGAACUUUUCAAGAUCGCCAGGGCACAAUUCUUUAUAGCACUCUGUGGCACAGUUCCAGGAUAUUGGUUCACAGUCUUUCUUAUUGAUUAUAUUGGUCGUUUUACAAUUCAGCUGAUUGGGUUUUUCUUCAUGACAGUAUUCAUCACCACAUUUAUAGUACCAGCGGAGAUUUUCCCUGCAAGGUUCAGAUCAACAUGCCAUGGGAUAUCAGCAGCUGCUGGGAAGGCUGGUGCAAUAAUAGGGGCUUUUGGGUUCUUGUAUGCAGCUCAGAAUCAGGAUAAGUCCAAGGUUGAUCCAGGAUAUUCAACUGGUAUUGGGAUGAAAAAUGCACUAAUAGUGCUUGGCACGAUCAAUGUGCUAGGCUUUCUGUUAACAUUUUUGGUUCCUGAGCCAAAAGGAAGAUCUUUAGAGGAGAUUUCAGGGGAGAAUGAAGAAGCUGAUCAAGCACACCCCACCGGAGUUGAGGCUGUCUAG